AUGAAACCGUGUCAUGAAACCGUGUCAUACAAUGGUAAUGAUGAAACCCUGUCAUACAAUGGUAAUGAUGAAACCCUGCCAUACAUUGGUAAUGAUGAAACCCAGUCAUACAUUGGUAAUGAUGAAACCCUGUCAUACAAUGGUAAUGAUGAAACCCAGUCAUACAUUGGUAAUGAUAUAACCCUGUCAUACAAUGGUUAUGAUGAAACCCUAUCAUACAUUGGUAAUGAUGAAACCCUGUCAUACAUUGGUAAUGAUGAAACCCUGUCAUACAUUGGUAAUGAUGAAACCCAGUCAUAUUAUGGCAAUGAUGAAACCCUGUCAUACAAUGGUAAUGAUGAAACCCUGUCAUACAAUGGUAAUGAUGAAACCCUGUCAUACAAUGGUAAUGAUGAAACCCAGUCAUACAUUGGUAAUGAUGAAACCCAGCCAUACAUUGGUUAUGAUGAAACACUGUCAUACAUUGGUAAUGAUGAAAUCUAA